AUGAAAAUUCAAACAACGGACUCUGUAGCAGAAUCUCAGCAAACUCUGACCCCGUAUGUUACCGGAUCAUCUGUGGUUGCAAUCAAAUACAAAGAUGGGAUUCUCAUGGCUGCUGAUAUGGGAGGUUCCUAUGGCUCUACUCUGCGAUACAAGAGUGUUGAGCGGUUAAAGACUGUUGGGAAACAUUCCCUUAUUGGUGCCGGUGGAGAAAUAAGUGAUUUUCAAGAGAUUCAACGUUACCUCGACGAGCUUAUUCUCAAUGACAAUAUUUGGGAUGACGGGAACUCUCUAGGGCCUAAGGAGGUGCACAACUAUUUAACUCGGGUGAUGUAUAAUAGGCGUAACAAGUUCGACCCUUUGUUGAACUCCCUUGUACUUGGUGGUGUGAAGAAUGGUCAAAAGUACCUUGGCGUGGUCAAUAAUAUUGGAAUUAAUUUUGAAGACAAUCACAUAGCUACUGGACUAGGAAAUCUUCUUGCUGUGCCCCAUCUCCGUGACGAAUGGCAGGAAAAUUUGAGCUUUCAGGAAGGUGUCAAGUUACUGGAAAAAUGCAUGCGUACGCUUUUAUAUCGCGAUAGGUCCGCUGUCAACAAAAUACAGAUGGCUAGAAUGACUGAAGAAGGUGUAACUAUGUUUCCACCAUACUCAUUAAAAACAUACUGGGAGUUCUCUGCUUUCAAAAAUCCCACAGCUGGCGCCGAAGGAUCAUGGUAA